AGGUCAAAAGGACUAAUCACAAACUGACAACUCGUUCAUUGGGCCUUCUCUGUCCAACUACUGCCUACUGGGACUGUGCUGACUUAAGCGCUCACUUCUCGUAAUUUCCAGUACACUCUGUCUGAAUACGAAUACCAAUAUGAAUGUCCAUCCUAUUCCUACCACAUUGACCAAGACAAUCCUCCCACCAACUUAUUCAUACACAACCCUGAUAAUGGCUGAAUCAAGCACCAACUCCCUCCCGCUCCAAGACCGAGUUGCAAUUGUCACAGGCGCCUCUCGUGGCAUUGGCCGUGCUAUUGCCCUCCAUUUGGCUUCUCUCGGCGCCAAACUCCUAAUUAACUACGCCUCCAACUCCGCUCAAGCCCAUUCUGUUGCCGCCCAAAUUAACACCCCCUCCGCUCUCCGUGCCGUCACCUUUCAAGCCGAUAUCUCCCACCCCGACCAGGUCAAAUCCCUCUUCGACGCCGCGGAAUCCGCCUUCAACUCUCCUGUUCACAUCUUUGUCAACUCAGCCGCAGUACUAGACGCCAAGUAUCCCACGCUUGCUCAUACCACCCUCGAAGAUUUCGACCGUACCUUCAGCGUCAAUGCUCGAGGAGCCUUCUUGUGCUGCAGAGAAGCGGCCAAUAGGAUCAAGCGCGGUGGAGGAGGACGGAUCAUAUGCUUGACAGCGUCACUGGUGGCGGCAUUGAUUCCGAAAUACGGGGCGUACACAGCGUCAAAGGCGGCGGUGGAGGCGAUGGUGAAGAUACUAGCGAAGGAGCUGAAGGGAACGGGGAUAACUGCGAAUGCGGUGGCACCAGGGGCGGUGGCGACGGAUAUGUUCUACGCGGGGAAGACGGAGGAGACAGUGAAAAAGUUGGUGGAGGAGUGCCCGCUGGGGCGGUUGGGGGAAGCGGAUGAUGUGGCGCCGGUGGUGGGGUUUUUGGCGAGUGAUGCGGGUGAGUGGGUGAAUGGGCAGAUUAUUCGGGUGAAUGGGGGAUGCGUAUAAACCGUUACCUCUACUCAGCUUGCUAAUGCUAUAGAAAGGAUGGGUGUAAUACCAAAUUACAAUGCUUAAAGUAAUGUAAUGCAGACAUGGUCGUUGUUUAAAGAAUGUAGGUAAAUUGCUACGUAAAUUGCAGAAUUUUGGGAAAUUUUUGUCCAAAUAGACAACUAAUUGUAUCAUA